UUAAUAAUUUAAUCGUUCAAAUACCGAAAAAUCAAAAUGAAUCGUUUGUCAAGUAGACACAAAAUAAGAUCGUUGCUUCUUGUCACUGCGGGAGGUUUUGGUUUUUAUGGGGCGAUGGAUUAUGUGAAAAACAAGGAAUCGUUUUAUCAACGUCUAAUACCUAUAAUUCAUGUCCUUGAACCGGAAACGGCUCAUAAAUUAGCCGUUUUCGCUGGAAAAUAUAGAUUAUAUCCAAAAAGUAGCUUUUCCGAUCCAGAUUCUUUGAAAGUGAAAUUAUUUGGUAAAGAUUUUCCAAACCCAAUUGGAAUAGCGGCUGGUUUUGAUAAACAUGGUGAAGCAAUUUUGGGUUUACAAGAUUUAGGGUUUGGAUUUGUCGAAAUUGGCUCUGUAACUUUAUUUCCUCAAGCUGGGAAUGAAAAACCUCGGGUUUUUAGACUAAAAAAAGAUGAGGCUGUUAUUAAUAGAUAUGGAUUUAAUAGUGAUGGUUCACAGGUUGUUUUUCAAAGACUUGAAUCUUUAAAAUCAAAUCAUAAACUUGAUUCGAUUUUGGGUAUUAAUUUAGGCAAAAAUAAAGAUUCUCAAAAUGCAAUACACGAUUAUGUUGAAGGAAUAGAAAAAUUUGGUCCAAUAGCUGAUUAUUUAGUUAUUAAUAUAAGCAGUCCAAAUACACCAGGUUUACGUGACAUGCAAAUUAAAUCAAAUUUAAUCGCAUUAUUAUCCGAGGUGGUUAAAGCAAGAAAUAAUUUACCAUUUAAAAAUAAACCAUCACUUUUAUUAAAAUUAGCCCCGGAUUUAACUAAAGAUGAACAAAUUGAUAUAGCUGAUGUGGUCAAAUUGGAAAAAUGUAAAGUUGAUGGGUUAAUAAUUUGUAAUACGACGAUUGAUCGACCGGAUUAUUUAAAAAGUGAGGAAAAAUCCGAAAUUGGCGGUUUAAGUGGAAAACCUUUGAAAGAUAUCUCAACACAAAUGAUUUCAAACAUGUUCAUAUUAACCGGAGGAAUGCCGAUUAUUGGUGUUGGAGGGAUUUCUUCAGGACAGGAUGCUUAUGAAAAAAUUAAGGCUGGCGCGAGAAUCGUUCAGAUUUAUACCGCUUUAGUUUACGAAGGGCCUAUAAUUGUUGAUAAAAUUAAAAGGGAAUUGAGUGCAUUAUUGGAAAAGGAUGGUUAUAAAUGUGUUGAUGAAGCUGUUGGAAAAGAAGUUCUAUAAGAAGUUUUUUCGAAAGUAUUAUUUAUUAUUCUUUUUCUUUAUUUUGUAUUAAAGUGCCUUUAUUAAAGUAUUUUCUAUUUUG